UCUCUCUAUCUCCCCCCCCCCCCUCUCUCGCUCUAGUUUCAGCAGUUGGAGAAGAAGGGAAUGGAAGACCAGGAGAAUGGCCUGCAGAAGGAGAGAAGUCCAAAGGCACUUAGCAUCGAACCUGGCUUAAGCACUGCUCAUACAAUUGAUCAGGAUCCAUGGAUACAAGUGGGGCUUCUUCUUGUCACAAGCUUCAGCUGUGGUUACAUGUUGGGCUAUUCUAAUCUUAUUCUAAAGCCUUUAGGGUGGACAUGGGGGCUUAUCGCUAUGCUUAUUAUCGGAUUCUUGGCUCUCUAUGCAAACUGGCUCUUGGCUGGGUUUCACGUAAUCGAUGGACAGAGGUUCAUAAGAUACAGGGAUAUGAUGGGCUACUUAUUUGGAAGAAGAAUGUAUCAUAUAACCUGGUCUCUGCAAUUUCUAAUGUUUCUCCUUGGAAACAUGGGUUUUAUCCUACUUGCAGGGAGAUCUCUAAAGGCGAUUCAUGCUGAGUUUAGUCUCUCCACACUGAGACUUCAAAUCUACAUCAUCAUAACCGGGGCUAUCUACUUUCUCUUUGCUUUGAUGAUUCCAAAUAUGUCAGCCAUGAGGCACUGGUUAGGAGUCUCAAGCGUUCUCACUAUUACAUAUGUAGUGAUUGUAAUGGCAAUCUGCGUAAAGGAUGGGAAAUCUAGUGUGAGUAAGAGUUAUGCCAUAGAGGGGUCAGGUACAGAGAAAUUUUUCAAUGCAUUCAAUGCAUUUUCAGCAAUUCUUUUUGCUGACACAUCGGGCAUGCUCCCCGAAAUUCAGGCAACACUGCGAAAGCCUGUUGUGAAAAACAUGAGAAAGGCACUAUGCAUGCAAUUCACAUUAGGUCUGGCAAUAUACUAUGCUGUGACCAUUUUAGGAUAUUGGGCAUAUGGAUCUAAUGUCUCUGAGUAUCUCCCCAACAAUUUCAGUGGACCCAAGUGGGCUGUUAUAGUUGCAAAUGCAACUGUCUUCUUACAAACAAUCGUAUCGCAACAUAUGUUUUGUACACCAGUACAUGAGGCUCUUGAUACAAGAUUCUUACACUUAGAUCAAAGUAUGCAUUCAAGAGAUAACAUCAAGAUCCUCUUCGUAUUGCGUGCUGGCCUUUUCACUCUGAACACAUUUAUGGCUGCCCUGAUUCCUUUCUUGGGAGAUUUUGUGAACUUAAUCGGUUCUCUCUCUCUUUUCCCCCUCACUUUUGUCUUCCUAAGCAUGAUCUUCUUGAAGGUUCGAGGAAAAACAGCAAAUAGUGUGGUGAAAGCAUGGCACUGGAUCAAUAUAGUUGGAUUCUCUGUUAUAACCAUACUAACAACUGUAGCGGCUCUUCGAUUAAUUGUGGAGAAUGCAAAGGCUUACAGAAUAUUUGCAGAUAAUUAAAACAGAAUGCAAUUGUUCAAAUUGAGAUGUAUGAACCAUGCAUUGUUGUCCUAUAUAUCUACCGUCAUUUCUAUGUACGAUCACUCCAUGGAUAGAUUAAAAGAAAACUUUGAGAGUUUUCAUUUUAUGGAAAUGAAUAAUACUUUACCUCU